AUGGCGAAAGAAUUUCAUUACUUUGAUUUAAAUGGUCUUGGAGAGUCUAUAAGAUACCUCUUGCAUUACACCAAUCAACAAUUUAAAGAUGUCAGAUACGAUUUGGCAAAGUGGCCCGACGCUAACGUUAAAGCAACUCUUGCAUUUGGAGUAUUCCCUCUGUAUAAGGAAGGAGAUCGUUCUCUCAACCAAUCACUGACUAUUGCCAAGUAUGUAGCGAGGGGCACUAGUCUAAUUCCUGAUGAUCCCUGGGAACAGGCUGUGGCUGAAAACUUGGCGUUCACAGUUUACGAUUAUUGGUCAAAUGUCAAACCUUACAUUAUGGAACCAGAUCUGGAAAAGAAAUAUCAAAUUAAAGUUAAUGUACUUGAAAACACUAUAGAUUUUUAUUUUUCAAGAUUUGAAAAAAUUAUGAAAGAAAAUGGAGGAUUCUUCAUUGGAAAGCUGUCAUGGGCGGAAUUCGUGCUAUGCGGGUUGGUUGAAUCGACCGAACUAUUUUUAGGCAUAGAAAUGCUGGAGAAGUACCCUACGCUGUCAUGGGCGGAAUUCGUGCUGUGCGGGUUGGUUGAAUCGACCGAACUAUCUUUAGGCAUAGAAAUGCUGGAGAAGUACCCUACGGUGAAAGCUGCUCUAAACACUAUUAGAACCUCGCCUGGAGUGAAGGAAUACAUCGCGAGAAGAGGAACUUAUAAACUUCCUUAUGGUACCAAAAAAUACAAGGGACUCGAUAUUUUAGACAACGCAAAGUAA